AUGAUUGACGAAUGCGAUAUAAAGAGGAUAACGAGGAAUUUGACUACCGCAACAACGAAAUUGAAAGAGGUACCUCCCCAGGAAAUCGGGCUUCAUGUGUUGGACCGGGCGUCUUUGCUAUCUAUCUUCGAGAGCUUGAGUUGUGAUGCUAUGCUUCGCAAUGACAGUCUUCUCCAGCAAUAUUUUGAUGAGCCUUUUAGACUCAUUCAGACGAAGCGUAGUCUAAAGGUUUCGGACUACAUUCCGGCCGUUACCCGUUUCUUGUUUGACCCCAAUCAGAGUCGCAGCUUUUGGGCAAUCCAGGCUUGGAUGCGGUAUUCCCGGCCUCCUACCGACACAGAAUUCGAUUGGGCAAUCAAAGAAGGGCUCUUAGGCGCACUUAGGUCAGCUUCUCAACAGCCGGUUCAGGUCGCUGCCAUUCAGCGGCUAUGGCGUGGAAUGCAGCUUGUGGUGAAAAGGCUGGAUAAAGACCAGAUUACUCAUCAUCUGCGAGCCCUCGAAAUUGACCCUUGCCGUCUUUCGGUGGAGCACAUCGGGAUACAAUCUCCUGGACUGCGCUUUAUUUUGAAUACGAUUCAGAUAUUCUUGGAAAAGGCACCUGGAGACUUCUGGGAUGCGAUGCAGACCAUAUCGCCCCAAGCUAUCAUUGAGCUUGUGUUCUACAAUCCCCAGCUAGAUGCAUUUUUGAUGCAAGCCACCGAGGGCGAGCCCUAUGAGAAGUCCGCUAUGAAAGAUAUGUUAUCAUGGAUUACUCCAUUCAUGUCGUCACUGAAGGGCCCCCAUCAACCGUCAGCAUGCAGGUCCCUAGUUUACCAACUUCUUGAUCGACUACAAGACGCACGCCUUCCUAACUUGGCCAGGUAUCAUUGCUUUCACAUAGGUUUGUCAAGCUUACUCUAUACACUUCGCAGUUUUACCGAUCAUGAAUCUUCGAGGGGCUCUGUAGCGCGAAUUGUCCUAUCUGAGACCAUGGAAGUUGUGAGUGCAAACAUCGCUAGAAUUCUUGAGCCUCCCAAGUUUGAGGUUGAACAGGGACGUCAGCGCGAAAUAUCGACGCUGUGCAUGGAUGUUAUUCGUAAUACACUCGCUCUUGAGUGCCAAUCUCUCAAGAGCGAUUAUGAGGUCAUCCUACGGUAUAAUACCCUCCAGCAUGGUGUAAGCACGUAUUCAGCUCCAAUUUGGGACGCUGUUGUAAAACACCUUCAUGAAGACAACCUGGCCCUUUCAACAUCUGCUCUUCUCGGUAUAUUACCGCUGGUCGGGUUGGAGAAAUUCCCCGCAAAGGGAGGAGCCAGCCAGGAGAAGACUCACUUCAAUAUGAUCUACGGCCAUCUUACACAUCUGUCAUGCUUAAUAAUUGAGCGUCUUGCAGAUUUCAAACCGGAGCAUCUUGACGAGCUCUUCAAAAGUCAAGAUACUAGUAGUGCUUUGAUCUCCGCCCUUUUUGCAGCUGAUCUAAACACUUAUCAAGCUGCGGUGGACCUCAUAAAAAAUGUCAGUGGACAGUCUGCUCGAAGGGAUGCCAUUUCCCAUCUAUUACAGUCAUUCUUUACUACGACUAUGUACGGGCUCAGCUGGUCUUUUCGACGUAUAUCGAAUAUGAAAACAUUUGCCUCUGCUCCGAGGAUGAUUCAUACAGGGACGGACAUUGUGGAUAUUCUUUGUGAUAGCCAGACUGGUAUGCUCAGAACUCGCAAACUCGCAGAUCGCCGAGAGAUUCUUUCUCUUCAAAAGCUGUGGGAGUACCUGUGGCAAGCCUUGACCACGAUAUUCGACGAAACUGAAUCGUGGCAUCUCAGGGGCAAUGACAGAAUGGUGAUGCUGGAAUUCUGUCGUGAUAGUAUCCAGUUUGCCGAUCUUCUCUUCGAUCAGUACGGUGUCUUUCUAAGCGCCGUUGUCGAUGCGGACCCCAGUCAAGAGACUUCUGCCCGCGAGAAUUUUCUCAAAUCUCCUACCGCGACUAUGAGUACAAUGGUCAAAUGGCUGCGACUUAAGGAUGAAUAUUUGGCUACUACUCUAGUUGGACUUGUUGCCAAGCUCCUUCGCCGUCUUGGGGAGCUUAGCGUUACCACCGUGAAAGAGGAUGCUCUGGAUUAUAUUGAGGGUGUCGCAGUCAAGUCUACUGUCAAGACUAUGCUGACGUUACGGGAGAAGGCAGAACUCGUUAGAGCUUUGGAAGCCUAUUACAAGAAGCCUGUUGUUACUGCCUCAACUGCUAGCCUAAAGAAACAGAGCUCGAUCACAGCAUUUGCUAAACCAGCCGAGCUUUCAGCUACUCCCAGCCCAUCAAGAACACCGGACGAGUUCGACGACAAUGUUCCAGAUGAUGUCAUGUUGCAAUUAUCUCGAUCUGUUGAACUUAAUAAGGAAAGAGUCGCUGCCGAAGCGAAGAAGAGGGCUGAGAAAGCAGCAAAGGCUCUUCCAGCGAUUCCCAGGCCCGCCCCGGCGCCUUUGAAGUCCAAUGUCACCGUUCAAGCUUUCCGUGAGAAACGAGAAAGAGAGCGAGAGGCUAAAAAGAAACGUGAUAUGGCCGAGCUGGCACGUUUGAAGAAGGGUCUUCCGGCGACUGGAGUUGCUGAACAAACCGCUGAACAAGGUUCUGGGCUAGCUGGAAUUGGCGUUAAAGGCAAGGAUCAUAGGCCUGCAGAUAGUAUGAUGGUGUCAUCGGGGUCAGAGUCUGAAUCAGAGAGUGAGGAUGAACUCGACAGGGAGCUUUUCGGCCCGAAAGGUGGAUCUAAACCUGACGCCGUUAGGGCCUAUGAAGAAAGCAAGAGACUGUCACUCAAACAGAAGGGUCCUGUCAAGAAGAUCAAGCAAGUGCGCUCUGCAAAGGAUAUGCGCGCACGGUUGGCUCCAGACCUCUCUUCACUACAUCGGACCAUAUUGUCUUGGGACUUCUUUGCUAACGGCGAUCUUCCGCCGAACUCGGGUCGUACCGACUAUAGUUUGAUAUCUAACACAUUCAGAGACCCUAUUGAUUACCAAAAAACUUUCGAGCCUCUUCUGAUACUAGAAGCAUGGCAAGGUUUCCAGUCCUCGAAGGAAGAGGGAAACUUCAAACCAUUCGAGGUUAAGGUCGCGACACGACUAUCAGUGGACUCUUUCGUGGAAGUUAGCACGGUUAUGCCAGCGCUUGAGGUCAAGGACUAUGGGCUUGGCGAAGCAGACAUUGUCUUGCUUUCAAAGGCAAACUCACCGACUAAUAACCCGUCUGCUCCGCAUUGUCUUGCUCGGGUUGCGGGAAUAAAUAAGAAGAAGGGGACCGUAGAGAUUGCCUACAGAGUCAACCCCGGUAACUCAUUUAUCAACGCCCUUGCACCGGGAUCGGAGAUAUGGGGUGCUAAAGUUACAUCCUUAACCCCUCUUGAGCGUGAAUAUGGUGCUCUCAUGGCCUUGCAAUAUUAUGAUCUUUGCGAGGAGGUCGUGAAAGCCAAGCCGUCCCCAAUCCUUAAUUAUUCGGAAGCGACCUUGAGCCCAAUUGCUGAGAAUUACAAUGUUAACCCCGCCCAGGCAAAGGCUAUCAAGUCCGCUCUGGACAAUGAUGCUUUCACCCUCAUUCAAGGUCCUCCGGGAUCUGGAAAGACAAAGACAAUUGUUGCCCUUGUAGGAGCUCUGCUGAGCGGCGUACUUGGUAACCAGGGUGUCACCAUCUCGCGGCCAACAGGUGUUGGGAACAUUAAACCUCCCCCAAGGACAACUACUUCAAAGAAGCUGCUUGUGUGCGCUCCUAGUAAUGCCGCCGUUGAUGAGUUGGUCAUGAGAUUCAAAGCAGGUGUCAAGACAAUUCAGGGUCGCCAUGAAAAGCUAUCCGUCAUUCGACUUGGAAGGAGCGAUGCCAUAAAUACUAAUGUCCUUGAUGUGACACUGGACGAACUAGUGAACGCAAGAUUGAGCCAAACAUCACGCAAGGACUCGGGCGAAAGGGAUCUACAGAAGAUUUAUAUGGAGCACAAAGCAGCUGACACUGCUUUCAAAGAAACUCGUUCCAAGUUGGACCAAUGCAGAGCCCAGGGCUUGCCUGUUCCUGCAGAACUAGAACGGGAGUUUGAGCUGCUUAAGAAGAAGAAGACUGCAUUGAGUCAAGAGAUCGACAACGCCCGCGACAAAAACCAUUCAGCGGCCCGUGAUGCUGAUUUAAACCGGCGGAAAAUACAGCAGGAGAUCAUUGAUGGGGCCCAUGUUAUCUGUGCCACUCUCAGUGGUAGUGGUCACGAGAUGUUCCAGAACCUAAGUAUCGAGUUCGAAACAGUCGUCAUUGACGAGGCUGCGCAAUCGAUUGAACUGAGUGCUCUAAUCCCGCUAAAAUACGGAUGUUCCAAAUGUAUCCUUGUCGGAGAUCCAAAACAAUUACCGCCCACUGUCCUGUCCAAAGUCGCUUCGAAAUUCCAAUAUGAGCAGAGUCUGUUCGUCCGGAUGCAAUCCAAUCACCCUAGGGAUGUCCACUUGCUGGAUAUCCAAUACCGUAUGCAUCCGGAAAUUAGUGCAUACCCGCGCAAUGCCUUCUAUGAUGGUAAACUGCAAGACGGCCCUGAUAUGGCACGGCUUCGCGCUCGUCCCUGGCAUCAGAGCGAGCUUCUUAGUCCAUAUCGAUUCUUCGACGUGCAGGGUCUUCAUCAAAGUGCUGCAAAAGGUCACUCGUUGGUCAAUAUGGCGGAACUUCGGGUAGCCAUGCAACUAUAUGAGCGUUUGGUCUCGGAUUUCCAAGGCUUUGAUUUCUCUGGCAAAAUCGGCAUCAUUACCCCGUAUAAAGGCCAACUAAGAGAGUUGAAAACUCAUUUUGCCGCGAAAUAUGGAAAUGCAAUCUUUAACAUGAUCGAUUUCAACACUACAGAUGCCUUCCAAGGAAGGGAGAGUGAAGUUAUUAUAUUUUCUUGCGUUAGAGCCUCCAAUAAAGGAAUUGGUUUCUUGUCCGACAUUCGCCGUAUGAAUGUCGGCUUGACGCGUGCCAAGUCCUCACUUUGGGUUUUGGGAAAUUCGCAGUCCCUAGUGCAGGGCGAAUUUUGGAAUAGCCUUAUAAAAGACGCUCGCCGUCGGAGUGUCUAUACUGAUGGGGAUGUGUUGAAAAUCCUCCAGCGGCCCCAAUUUACUGGCUACAAGAAUGUUGAUAUGCUGGAUGCUGAUGGACCGGAGUCAACAAAGCCUUCUGUCGGCACACUAACUGAUCCUAUUUCUCGUUCGUCCUCAUCCUCUCGUGACAACCUCCCAACAGAUGGUACGUUUGGUAAGAAUGAACCUUACGUCUCCCCGCCCGAGGGACCGUCAGGAGGUGCCAGCGGCUUGGAUGAUAACCGCAUGUGUGGUUAUUGCGGCGACUUCUCUCAUAUGACUCAUAAUUGCGACAACAUUGAUGCGAAGGAAGCAGCUCGAGGCAACUGCUACAGAUUCUCGCAGGAUUUAGUUAAACCGUCACGAGAUGGGCCGGCUUAUGCACCUAUCAACCAGAAUAAGCCUCCGAGCGGUCCACGGGCGGAUGCAGGUCCAGCAAAUACCAAAAGCUCAGGACAUAUUACUUCCACCCAAAAGAAAGGUAUUGUAAAAGCCAAAUCGGAUUGA